UCGGUGUGUUCACUAAAGUUGAUGUCCCUGUUGCUUUUGGGGGGGGGGGGGGGACUGGAUGGCCGAUCCUCAUCCUAAAAUGGGAGGGGAGGAGGAUGAACCCUGUGACCCAAAGUAAAAAGGGUUGUUCUGUAUUUAAGGCUUUCCCAGGUGAGCUCUGAGCACCUCAGCGUUAGCUGCAGACUUUGGGGGAUUUGUUUAUAGAUUUUGGAGUCUCCGAUCUGUUGACUUCCUCUCCCCUCUGAAGGCUGAAAUUCUCUCUCGGCCCGUUUUGCCCUCUCAGGUUAUCUCAAGCUUCCCUCUGGCCUUGUCCCCGGGCAAGAUGGUCUGAAAGCAAUCCAGCCUAGCUUUGAGAGGGUUUCGUAGGGGCAGGAGGGAAGAUCCAGUGCUCAGGGAGUAGCAAAUAAAACUCCAAAAUGACUGGCAACGUUCGCACCAGUGGAUUUCUCCCUCUGAUCUCUAGGGAGAGUUCUCCCACUUUUGUGAUCUUGUCCAAAGAAAUCUGGAAUUAUUGCUUUUUGACUCACAAAACCUCAAGGGUGGGCUAGGCGCUGAAAUCUUUUGUAGUUUCAAUAUGGAAAGUACAAAAUGACUGACUGAUGGUGGGUGCCUUAGAAGCUGCAACCUGGAACUUUCCCCCCAUAUCUCAAAACAGAUUUGAGCUGCAGGUUUACACAGAGUUGCUGUCAGUUUGAGCUGACCCUGGGAAACCCUUCCCUUUCCUGUUCUGUAUCUCAGGGUUUUUUUAAGUUUGGAAGUAUUGCUUACUCCUAAAAUAGAUACACAUUUACAGCCACAGUGGAAUAUAUUAAGUACUAGGGAAUGAAGAGUGCUGUAUGACACCAAAGCUUAUACCUUAUGCUGUGAUAUUAGUGAACUCUGCCUUUUUUACACAUAUGCCCACCCCAUAUUCAGGAGUUUUUGGAAUACCUUCCCCUCCAGAAAAACACCCCAAAGCACAGGCUGAUGUUACCCAUAAUCUGUACAAUGUAUCCUGAUGUUCAUUUCAAAACACCAGUCAGACUACAGGGGGGAUGUUGCUGCCCUCCAUUCUCUAUUGGUCCCAGAGGGUGAAGAGAGGUUUGCCUUCAUUAAAAUGUUUAUAUCCUGCCGUUCCUUAUGGCUGAUGGCAGUUUGAACAAGCUCUAGAUUCAGGAACACAAUUUGAGAUGCUUCUUAAUUCAAUGUAACAGCAAUCCUAUUCUUCCCAUGUUUGCUUGUCCCAAUCUGCCUUUAAUAUCUCUGGAUCCCAAGAGCUGCUCCCUGUGCUAUAGAUAAGGUGGCAGAGACUCUCUUAAAGUUCUGGUAGUUGAUUCAGCUUCUUUUCUCCAGAUCCAAACAACUUUGCACUCUGAGAUGUUUGCCACAGAAGCUUAAGGUUUAAAAAGAUGUCAGGACCAGCUCUCUGGGUGUGUUGUAUAUGUUAUAUGUAUACAUUAGAUCAAACAAGACCUAUAUUUAGCUUUAGCUGGAAGGAAUGCCGACACACAGGUUCCUUUCAUCUCUUGAAAAGUGGUACAUUUCUGAAAUCAAAGAUCUAGACCCACCCAUUACCAGACCUGAAUUUAUUUUGAACCAAUGCUUAGUAUUAAAUACAGUCCAGUAUUUGGUGAUGGCGCUCUUCCAACACCUCUCUUAUUUCAGUUCUUUGAUAUCCUUUCUUCUUCCCUUACAGGUGUGAAGUUCAGGGGCAGGGCACAAGGCUGAACUAGGCAUAAGGAUGAAACCCAUUUCAUGUCUGCUCCUGGCAAUGCUCCUGAGAGCUUCAAUUUCACAAGAACCGGAGGAACCCGACACCUACAUGGAGUGCACUGAUGGCUACCAGUGGGACUCUGAGACCCAGCACUGCAAAGACGUGAACGAGUGCGAGACAAUCCCCAAUGCCUGCAAAGGGGAAAUGAAAUGUAUCAACCAUUAUGGCGGUUACCUCUGCCUCCCUCGCUUAGCCACAGUUAUCAACGAUGUCAAUGCUGAAAGAGCUUCCCCUCCCAGCCCGCCCCGGCCACGGCAUCAAUGGCCCCCACAUCCCGCCUCCCGACAGAACUCUUGCCCCCAGGGCUAUGAGCCAGAUGGGACCGGAUCCUGUUUGGACACGGAUGAGUGCGAAUACGACUUGCAUGACUGUCAGCCCAGCCAACAAUGCAUCAACACACCAGGCGGCUUCCAUUGCCAGUGCCCAGAUGGCUACCGGAAGAUUGGCACAGAGUGUGUGGACAUUGAUGAAUGUCGAUAUCGCUACUGUCAGCACCGCUGCGUCAAUUCCCCUGGCUCUUUCUCCUGCCAGUGUGAACCUGGCUUCCAGCUGGCCAGCAACAACCGUUCAUGUGUCGAUGUGAAUGAAUGUGAGAUGGGUGCCCCAUGCGAACAGCGCUGCUUCAACACCUAUGGGACGUUCAUUUGCCGAUGCAACCAAGGCUACGAACUGGAUCACGAUGGCUUUACCUGCAAAGACAUAGACGAAUGUAGCUAUUCCACCUACCUGUGCCAGUACCAGUGUGUGAACGAGCCAGGGCAUUUCUCUUGUGCCUGCCCACAGGGAUAUCAGCAACUGAGCACCCGCCUCUGCCAAGAUAUUAAUGAGUGUGAAACGGGAGCCCACCAGUGCACUGAAUCUCAGAACUGUGUCAACUUUCAUGGUGGCUAUCGUUGUGUUGAGAAGAACCACUGCCAGGAACCAUAUUUGCAGGUCUCUGAAAACCGCUGUCUCUGCCCAGCCACAAACCCUCUCUGCCGAGAUAAGCCAUCAUCCAUCGUCAACAGAUACAUGAGCAUCACAGCAGACCGAACGGUGCCCUCUGACAUCUUCCAGAUCCAAGCCACUAGCGUCUACCCUGGUGCUUACAACACUUUCCAGAUUCGCUCAGGAAGUGACCAAGGAGAAUUUUACAUCCGACAAAUCAACAACAUAAGCGCGAUGUUGGUCUUGGCCAGGCCUCUGACAGGACCCCGGGAAUUUGUGCUGGAUUUGGAGAUGGUCACCAUGAAUACCCUGAUGAGCUAUCGGUCCAGCUCAGUGCUGCGCCUUACCGUCUUCGUGGGAGCCCAUUCCUUCUAAAGUAGAAACAUCCCCUCACCUGGCUGGGAGGGAAAGUAAACUGCCUGGGCAGAGAAGAAAACUGAGAGACCAGAAGGGGACAACCCAACUGCCAGGGAGGGAGCCUGCCGCCUUGCACCCUUCCCAGAAUCAUCAAUAGCUGUGACUGGAUAAGAGGCCUCCAGCAGCCAGAGAGGUGGCUCACAGCCCUCUUGCUCACCCUGGAAACAUCACCCAGACCCUCUUUGAGCCUCAGCGGUGUCAGCCAUGAACCUUUGUCUCCUGCUCCCAAGGAGGGGCGGGGGUGAAAGAGAGGACACCCACCCCCUGCAACUUCAAGCCACGAAAAGGACUUUGGACCCUGUUGCAAAUUCUUCCAUUUCUGUUUUCUGGUUAAAAAGAAAAAAGACACACAAAAAUUAGUAAAAGGUCUGAAAAGAAAA